AUGUCCUUCAAAUUUAAUGAAGAUGUGUUCAGGGAUAAUUCCUUUAAUGAAAAGAUAAAAGAAAAAUUAACUGCUGCUCUUAAUAAAGGAUUCCAUUCAGAUCCAAAUUCAAAGUCAAGUUCAAAUUUAAGCGAUUUAAAUCAAUAUGAUAUUAUUAAUGAUUCAAAUAAACAUAAAGAAAAAUCUGAUAUUUUAAAGAGUAAGAUUAUUGUUAAGAGCACAAAUUUUCCCACCAUACCAAAAUUUGAAAUUUUAGAUCUUGAUAUUAAUACGCAACCAAGAUCUUUAGUUAAAGGAAUUUGUAAAAUUAUUGUUAAAGAUGCAAUGGUUCAAUUACAAACUGUUAUAGAAUCUAAUUUAUUGCUGGUCAAUAUGAAAAAUUCACCAACGUUUAUUAAACCAAAAUUAAUUGAAAAUAAUUCCUUAGAGAUUCCAAUUAUAAUGACAUUUAAUCAAAUUUCGUUAGAGGCAAUUAGUAAUGUCUUUGUUAAAAAUAAUAGUCUUAGUAUAUCCUUUAAUGAUGUUAAUUUAGAUUUUAAUUUUGAUUGUUCAAUUAAAAUUUUACAAAAUACUAUUGAAAAAAGAUUAAAGGAUUCAAUGCAUUUAUUAUUUAAAGAUGUUUUACCAACUGUUUUAUUUAAUAUGUCACAAAGUUGGUUUACAAAUAAUCAUAAUACAACACAUAAUAUUAAUUAUAUUGAAACUCCAAUACCAGAAUCUACAACGACAACACCGACAAAAUUAUUUGAUGAAUCUAAUUUGAAAAAUAAAGGGAUAACAUCAUUACCAAAGACUAUCUUUGAUGAAGUUGAUUUACAAGAAUUAUCACCAAAAAAUAUGAUUAGAUUAUCAACCAUUGUUUCAUCAAGACAUACUUUAUCAUUACACGGUACAAGUGGAUUACAUUCUAUGGCAAGUAUUCCUGGCUGUUUAGAGAAACAAAAUUUAUAUAGAUUUAUCUCAAGAAUGCCCUCUUUGUCAAAUUAUUAUUCUGCUUAUCGUAUCCCACCAAAUUCUGAUACAACAAAAAAUUCCGAUAAAAUUAACUGUAUAAAUUCAAAUCAUUAUUCUCAUGAUAAUAAUUGUCUUCCAGAAAGAGUAUUAAGGGAGAAAAAAUAUGAUUUAAAUCAAAUCAUUGAUAUUCAAAAUAAAUUAUAUGAAAGAAGUACAGCUGAUGAAAAUGAAAAACCAAAAAGAAGAACAAUUAAAUUAAAUAAAAAACAUAAAAAGAAACAAGAAAAUAAUCAAGUUAUUAGACAAUCAACACCAACUUUUGAAAAAUUCAAUUUACCAAUUUUAACUGAUGAAACAAAAAAGACGAUUAAAAAUGAGAAUAAUAACAACAAUAAUAUUAUUGAUGAUGAAUCAUCAUAUUCAAAGACUAAUCUUUCACCUCAUACUAUCUUUAAUGAAAAUCAAGAAUAUUUCAUUGAGAAAAACCAUGAAAUGUUACACAAUACGACCAUUCAUACCAAUGAUACCUUGAACUCGGAGAUUUUCUCUAAUAAUACUGUACAUAACAUGGACCUUAAGGACAUUAAACUUCUCUCAAAGAAAAGAAUCAAUUCUCUUGGUUCUAGCGCCAAGAGAAUGUCGUUUGUGGGAAUUAAUAACCUUUAUAACAACAGCGGCUGGAAAUGGGGGAAUGAAGAUAAUACCACAGUUUUACCUCCACCACCAUACAGAUUAUAA